ACUCUGCGGCCUCCUCAAGUUAACUGGCUGAGUUUUCUGCCGAAGCAGUUCUUAAAAGUCAUAAAUCAGGCUGACCGGGAGUGGAUCGCACAGAUCCUAUAUGACCGAACAGGACAGCUAAAACAAAAGCACACUCAGAACUGGUACCAUCCUCCAAGCCCCACUAGAUCCACCUCACCUCCAGAUCCACUGCACUACUUUAGGCAGCGGAUGUUCCUGUGGGCUCCAAUGAGGAUGUGGAGCAUCCCUCUUAAAUGCACGUCGUGUAAAAGGAAGAUGCACCACUCUGGCAUUUACACCAAAGUGAGAGAGGUGAUAGAUGUGGACUCCAGGUAUUAUCUGAUAGGUGGAGACUACCCAAGGUGCAGCAAAUGCAUGAUCCCUGUCUGCCCUUGGAGUAGUGAGAUCUUGCAGCAGCUGGAUCCCUCCCACCGUAACAAGUUUCCUGCUGUCCUAACGACACAGCAGGCACUGGACAGGAAGUGUGUCACAAUGUUGCGACCACGCACGGUAGGGAACAGCUCCAGCUACUCGCAACAGGUCUUGCAGGAGGUGCACAGCGAGGAGUGGGCGAGGCGUACUAUCGACUACCUCACUGAUUGUGAGGUCCAUAAAAUUUCGUGCGUCCUCACCCAGUCCGAACCUGUAUAUCAACAGCCACCCACCUUCAGUCGUCUGCCCCUGGCUCAGUGGUUUGAAACCGUCCACACGAAUGAGGUUCUUGGCCACCUGGAGGAGUUGAAAGGUGUUAUAACAUCAACUUAUGGCAGAAUCCUAAAGCUGGACUCCACCAAGAAGGUAAAAGUUAACUGAUGUAAAUUUGUUCUCAUUCGUGUUUAUUAGUAUGUCCAAUGAUUUGCUAAUUUCUUCUGUAGAUCACUAAAAAGCUGGCAGGUGGCAUUGAGAACACGGCCACGUGGAUGAGCAACAUCGGCAAUGAACUUGGCCAAGUUCUCAACUCAGUGCUGACCACUGGUGAGGGGGCUGGCCUUGAUGACCUGUGCCAAGGCGUUGUCCGGAGGUACAGGGAUGCUGGUGAGCCAGAGCCAGAUGCCAUAUAUGUGGACAGGGACUGCUGCAGUGAGUCAGGGGAGAGCCCAGUUCUCACUUGGUUUCGUCCAUGGACCUUCACAGUGAGACUGGAUGUGUUUCAUUUCAUGAGGCGUUUUACCAAUGGCCUGACCACUGAGCACCAUCCACUAUAUGGCACAUUCUGCUCAAAACUUUCCAGCUGCAUUUUCAAAUGGGACAAAGCAGACAUUGAAAAGUUGCAGCAGGCCAAGAGGGCAGAGCUGGUGAAAAAACACCCGGGUCACAAUCCUACCCACAGCCAGGUGUUAGCGAGCAUCACCACCAGCGAACUCGCUAAGCACUGCCGCAGGAAAACGCGAGGGGUUGAGGAGACUCGCGCCCUCAUCCAACAACUGUUGGACUCCAUGUGGGACCUCACAGACACCACAGGGUUAUCGCUCAUCAACCAGGAGAGCAUGUCUCGUGUGUGGGAGGUGCAGCAGAAGCACUUGCCCUGCAUCCAAGAUCCAACUGGUGUACAGUUGUACAUCAACACCGGAUCAAAGUUGGAGAAGGGGGAUAAAGCACUUGACGUCCUGAGAUGUGCCAGAGGGUCAUCCUCUCUCGAGAGCUUUCAUAAGCAUCAAUGCUGUUUCAUCCCAGGCAAGUUGAAACACUUAACAUUUAAAAUCCUUUGUUAA